AUGGACAAGUUGCCAAGCGGUGGCUCAUCUUCACCUGCUGCAACACAAGUACCGUCUGCAUCAUCACUAAACAAUAAUAAUACAUCUUCAUCAUCAACAACAACAAUAUCGAGUUAUGCUGCUGCAACUACAAAUUCAUUAAAUGGAGUUAUUGCUUCGAAUAGUGUUUGGAAAUCACCUCCACAUUUAAAUUUACAUUUUAUGAGUAAUGCACAUCAUGAGAUCUUGUCUCCAAAACAAAAGGAGUCUAUCAUUACUCCAAAAACAUUAUCUCAGAAAAAUCUUCAUUCAUUUAGAGUUGGAAAUGCUUCUAUCACCAGGAGUCCAAAGAAACAAAUAGUUCCUAAAAAGAUGCUUGUUCCAGUCAUUUCACCUGUUGAGGAAACUAAAUUGACAACUGAUGAAGUAAGAAGAAUAAUUGAGGAUUUAUUUAAAGAAUGCGAGCAAAAUGGAAGUGAAUUUACUUCUGAAAUUUGUAAUAUAUUUCAGUCAGCUGUCAAAGAUUUUUCUGAAUUAUUAUCAAAACAAACUGUCAAUGAUGUUAAUUCUUCAUUAUUGAGCGAUACAACACCAUCUAAUUCAACUAGCCAGAUCAAUAUCAGUACCUCAUUUGAAGAUUUGUUCAAUAGUCCUUCAUUUGGAACUCAGGGAAGAGCUUGGGCAGAUGUUGUAUCAAGCCCAGAAAACUCUCCUCCCAGUUCUCCUGAUAUGAUGUCUGUAAGGGAAAGACUUUCAUCCCCAAACAGAAAGAGGUUGUCACCAGAGGACAUUAGAAGAAGACAAGAGGAAAAGAUGGCCAAAUCAGCAUGGAAUAGACAAACAAAACAAAUUCAACAAGAGGUCAAAUUCUUAAAGGAGGCAGAAAAACAAAAGGAAGUUUUGAAAAAACGAGAAAAGGAACUGGAAGAAACUAAAAAGAAACAAGAAGAAAAGCACGAAAGAGCAAGAAAGAAUAACCAAAUACACAUCAAGAAAGUUAUGGAAGAGGCCAGAAAAGAAAGCGAAAAGGUUGAAGAAGUCAAAUUUAUUAAAUCUCUCGAAGAAGAAAAGAACAAGUUCCAACUCGAUCAAAAAUUAACAGCCUCCCAAGAAAGAAGAGAAAGAGAGCAACAUAAAAUCAAAGUCAAAUGCACUAAGGAUCUAGAAAAGGAGAGAGCAGCCAAGAUGAGAAGACAACAAUUAGAAAUUGAACGCCAACAAACUUUCCUUGAAAGUAUUAAGGCUAAAGAGAAGAAAGUCGAACUCAUUAAAGAGCAAAAAGAGAAGGAAUCUGCUGAAAGAAUCAGCAAAAAGGUCGAAUAUGAAAAAAAGAUCCAAAAGACCAAGAAGGAAACCGAGCUCUCUACACAACACUUGUCAGAAAAAUUAGAGAAAAAGCUUGAAGCUGCUGAGGAUAGAAAGACUAAAACUAUAGAAACUAAGAAGGCAAAGGCAUCCAUUGACUUGAAGAAAGUUGAAGAAGCUAGAAAGAGAGCUCUAUCCCCACCAAAAGUCGAAUAUAAUGUUGUCUCACCAUCUCCAAUCGUUGCUGCUGAAGAGGAUAGCACUAACGAAAAUAAGAAAUCGAGUAAGAAAUUCAAAAGAGCCAAACAAAAAUUCACCAAAGCCUUUGAAGCUAUGGAGAAAAAGCUCAUUCAAAUCAAACCAAAAGCCAAACCGAAAUCAAAUCUUUUCAAAAAGACAGUACAAAACAUCAAGAAUCAACCUAAAUCUGAUGUACUCAUCCAAGCACUUUUGUCUUUAUCUAGAAUUAGUAGAUCUGAUAUUUUGGAAUCUCUCAGAGAUGAAGGCGCCUUGGAUUGUGUGUGUUCUCAAAUGGCACUUGCCAAGGAUGCAGACGAAAGAUCUGCCUACAUUCAGGCACUCAAUUCUCUCUGCAAGCUUAAGGAUAAUCUAAUUUACAUUAAUACUAACAACCUAAUUUGCUCAGUUUUACAAGCAACUAUUGAGCUAGGUAAUCAACCCACAUCACUUGCUGAAUUGGAAAUGAUGGUGGUAAUUAUUACCAAACUAUUGCAAACACCUUCUGCUGAGAUUGUUGAAGUGGAAGUAAUGUUUAAAGACUACUUGAUUGACUUUAUUGUCAGUACCAAACUAUUGGAUAUUAUCAAAUCACAUGUAAUCUAUGUUGAUGAAUUCCAAUUACAAGAAAGAUCUUCUUUCAUUCUUAAAUCUUUGGAGCUUAUCAGAGUGAUGACAACAUUCACGUAUGCCAAACUUAGACAUUUACCUGUCUAUGUUCAAAAAAAGGGACCAGAAAUUGAAAACCUCAUCGCUAAAUUCCAAUCAAUUAAUGUUAUUGACGUCCUACCUGUAUUAUCAACUAUUGUUCUUGCUAGUGGACCUUUGAGAGGUAAAAACAAACCAGAACUCAAUGACCUUGCCCUCAGAAUAACAUUCCUAGCAUUUAGAAUUUUAAACAACUUGGCAUGCAUUGAUCUUGAUUUCAUCCAGAAAAUUCUGGGAGAUACUUUCCAAACAGAAUUGUUCCACAUAAUUGGAUUCCUUUUGAGUUUUAUAGAAUCCGUCAACUAUGAUCCAACACUGAUUGUAUAUGAUUCUGCUAUUGCAUCCAAUCUUAAAAUUCACAUUCCAGACCUCUUGAAUGAAAUUAUUCUUCUCAUUGGAUAUUUCUGCUUGGAAAAUCAAUCCAAUCAAGAUAUGCUCCACUAUCACAAUGGAAGGAACCCAACCAUUCUACAGAGAUUAAUUUCAUUACCAGACCAAUAUUUUUCGGACAACCAAAACAAGCAAAUAUUAUUCCCAACCCUUAUUUGUGCUGUGUUUGAGAAUGAUACAAACAGGGAAAUAUUCAGGAGGGAAAUGACUGCCGAUGUUUUGGUAAAUUAUGUUGAGCAAGGAAUUGAAGAGCUGAAGAAAGACACCAACCUAAAGAACAAAUUCAAUGUACCUCAUCCAAGAUUCCAAUUUGAAAACAGAUUCCCUAUGAAACUAACAGAGAAAUCCAUGUCUUACUUUAAGGGUGAGUAUGAUAUGUUCACUUCUGAUGAGUCUGUUGAAGCUUCUCCAAGACAUAAGGAAGAUGAUUUGGAAAUUGAGGACAUUGAGGAAACCAGCCAACCCCAAAAACAAGAUGAUUCAAAGGAGGAGAACUCCAAAUAAAUGUAAACUCGUCCGUUUU